AUGGUUUUUUCGAUUAACCUGCAGGCACCGGGGGGAUUCGAACCCCCGAUCUCCUGUUUACUAGACAGGCGCUUUAACCAACUAAGCCACGGCGCCGUUGUGUCUUUCAAGAUGUCACAAAAACAAUGUCGAUCGUUCGAAUAUACUAAAAUUCUGUUUGUUAACUUGAUAGCGUUGAACAACUCGGCGCCGUGGCUUAGUUGGUUAAAGCGCCUGUCUAGUAAACAGGAGAUCGGGGGUUCGAAUCCCCCCGGUGCCUAUCCGUUCGUUCGGAUACGUUAA